AUGUCUGUCUCUUCGCGAACGCCUCUUCGAGGUAAUCACCGACCCACACAAUCACUCUCCCUACCCUUUGCCGUCGUUGCUGCUCUGCACCCAAAACGGACAAGGAAUCGCACCUCAAUUCUCGCCCUUCUCGCCCUCAUAUCGCUGGCCGCAUUUGUCUUCUGCAGCUAUUUCCCAAUCACCCUCGCCCCAACCUAUCUUCUCCGAGCCUCGGACCGUUCACCGGUAGAACAAGUCGUUCUUGCUCAGCAACAACAACGAGGCCCUUCCAAACCCAAAAAGUUACACAAGCAGCUUUCCCUUGGAAGUAAACGACAGCCCAUAUCGCUCAACCUUGCCCAAGAGCUCGCGGCCGUGUCGAGCUUUCUCGCGAGUUUGGCGCAAAAUGUCAUCCCGUCAUCAGUCGAUCCCGCCCGUCCACUCGACCCCGAACUUGUGUUGGAUUUCGACACCAGAAGCCCGACUGCGUUAGAGGAGGUUGAGCGCGUCGUGGAAUACGUGUGGACACAGAACCCUGUCAUGAUCUAUUGCAAGCAUUACUCUCCUCUAUCUCGUGAGCUCAAGGCUAUGUUACACGAUCUCAACCUUCGGCCACCACCCUUCGUCAUAGACGUCGACAUGCGGGAUGAUGCAGAGGUGCUGACACCUUUACUCGCGCGACUCGCAGGAACCAAUGAGCUGCCGCUUUUGCUUGUUGGAGGCAAACCAAUGGGCUCAAUGGAUGAUAUAAGGAUAGCUUAUGAGGAAGGGAAGCUGCAGCGCCAAAUCAGUGCGGCUGGUGGUGUUAUCGGUGGGGGAGGCAAACGGAAAAAGCAUCAUCACUAG